GGGGCUCUGAGGGGGAGUAGGCGCCUAGGACUCCUAUGGGAGUCGGUGGGUUAUACCUUGACUGCCAUUGAUUUUUAUUUAACUGCUUAACUUAGUGACUCAAGUGUUCCCCUUUUCUCGGGGAUGAGUAAACAGGCUCAUUAAAGAGCUUGUGACCACGCAACACAGGUGCCCCAGAGAAAGGUAGGGCCUGGAAACUACAAAGGAUUAUGUUAAUUUUGUGUUUAGGAAGAAAGAGGUAAUGGGUAGGAAUCAAUGUAAACUUACUCAUAGGCCACACCAAACCAGGAAUUCUUCUUGUCGUGAUUGCACUUGGUAGAGUUAACACACAUGCAUAUUAGGGAAACGUUGGUGACCAACAGGCGUUUCAGCGAGCGUUUGCACUCCUCAUGGGCCUUUGUGGGCUGCUGGAGAGAUGUUGGCUGCACCAUGACCCAGAUGGAGUUUUAACAUUGAAUGCGGAGAACACUAAUUAUGCCUAUCAAGUUCCAAACUUCCAUAAAUGUGAAAUCUGUCUACUAUCUUUUCCAAAAGAAUCCCAGUUUCAACGCCACAUGAGGGAUCACGAGCGAAAUGACAAGCCACAUCGAUGUGACCAGUGCCCCCAAACAUUUAAUGUUGAAUUCAACCUGACACUUCAUAAAUGCACUCACAGCGGGGAAGAUCCUACCUGCCCUGUGUGUAACAAGAAAUUCUCCAGAGUGGCUAGUCUCAAAGCGCAUAUUAUGCUACAUGAAAAGGAAGAGAAUCUCAUCUGUUCUGAGUGUGGGGAUGAGUUUACUCUGCAGAGUCAGCUGGCCGUGCACAUGGAGGAGCACCGCCAGGAGCUGGCUGGAACCCGGCAGCAUGCCUGCAAGGCCUGCAAGAAAGAGUUCGAGACCUCCUCGGAGCUGAAGGAACAUAUGAAGACUCAUUACAAAAUUAGGGUAUCAAGUACAAGGUCUUAUAACCGGAACAUCGACAGAAGUGGAUUCACGUAUUCGUGUCCGCACUGUGGAAAGACGUUUCAAAAGCCAAGCCAGUUAACGCGACACAUUAGGAUACACACAGGUGAAAGGCCGUUUAAAUGUAGUGAAUGUGGAAAAGCUUUUAACCAGAAGGGGGCACUGCAGACCCACAUGAUCAAGCACACAGGUGAAAAACCCCAUGCCUGUGCCUUCUGUCCUGCCGCCUUCUCUCAGAAAGGGAAUCUUCAGUCACACGUGCAGCGAGUCCACUCAGAGGUCAAGAAUGGUCCUACCUAUAACUGUACAGAAUGUAGUUGUGUAUUUAAAAGUUUAGGCAGCUUAAACACGCAUAUCAGCAAGAUGCAUAUGGGUGGGCCACAGAAUUCAACAAGUUCCACAGAGACUGCUCAUGUUUUAACGGCCACACUCUUUCAGACGUUACCUCUUCAACAGACGGAAGCCCAAGCCACGUCGGCCUCAAGCCAGCCGAGCUCCCAGGCGGUGAGCGACGUCAUCCAGCAGCUCCUGGAGCUCUCAGAGCCGGCGCCGGUGGAGUCGGGGCAGUCCCCGCAGGCUGGGCAGCAGCUGAGCAUCACAGUGGGCAUCAACCAGGACAUUUUACAGCAAGCCUUAGAAAACAGUGGGCUGUCUUCAAUUCCAGUUGCAGCACAUCCUAAUGACUCCAGCCAUGCCAAGACCUCUGCACCACAGGUUCAAAACCCAGAUGUUUCCAGCGUUUCAAAUGAGCAGAUGGACCCUACAGACGCAGAGCAAGAAAAAGAACAGGAAAGCCCGGAGAAACUGGAUAAAAAAGAAAAAAAAAUGAUAAAGAAGAAAUCGCCAUUUCUACCUGGCUCCAUCCGUGAGGAGAACGGCGUGCGCUGGCAUGUGUGUCCCUACUGCGCCAAGGAGUUCCGCAAGCCCAGCGACCUGGUGCGCCACAUCCGCAUCCACACCCACGAGAAGCCCUUCAAGUGCCCGCAGUGCUUCCGCGCCUUUGCCGUGAAGAGCACACUGACAGCCCACAUCAAGACGCACACCGGCAUCAAGGCAUUCAAGUGCCAGUACUGCAUGAAGAGCUUCUCCACCUCGGGCAGCCUCAAGGUGCACAUCCGCCUGCACACAGGUGUUAGACCUUUUGCUUGUCCUCAUUGUGACAAAAAAUUUCGAACCUCAGGCCAUAGGAAGACUCACAUUGCUUCCCACUUUAAACAUACGGAAUUAAGGAAAAUGAGGCACCAGCGUAAACCUGCAAAGGUUCGUGUUGGCAAGACGAACGUUCCAGUCCCCGAUAUUCCUUUGCAGGAACCAAUCCUGAUAACUGACUUAGGUCUUAUCCAGCCCAUUCCAAAAAACCAGUUUUUCCAAAGCUAUUUCAAUAAUAAUUUUGUCAAUGAAGCAGAUAGACCAUACAAGUGUUUUUACUGUCAUCGUGCAUAUAAAAAAUCUUGCCACCUUAAACAACACAUCAGAUCCCAUACAGGUGAAAAACCUUUUAAAUGUUCUCAGUGUGGAAGAGGCUUUGUUUCUGCAGGCGUGCUCAAAGCACACAUCAGAACACACACAGGACUGAAAUCUUUCAAGUGUCUGAUAUGUAAUGGGGCUUUCACUACUGGUGGCAGCUUACGGCGACACAUGGGUAUCCACAACGACCUUCGUCCCUAUAUGUGUCCCUAUUGCCAAAAAACAUUUAAAACUUCACUAAAUUGCAAAAAGCACAUGAAAACCCACAGAUACGAACUUGCCCAGCAGCUGCAACAGCAUCAGCAGGCAGCCUCGAUAGACGACAGCACUGUAGACCAGCAGAGCAUGCAGGCCUCCACCCAGAUGCAGGUGGAGAUCGAGAGCGACGAGCUGCCGCAGACGGCGGAGGUGGUCACGGCGAACCCCGAGGCCAUGCUGGACCUGGAGCCUCAGCACGUGGUGGGCACGGAGGAAGCAGGGCUGGGCCAGCAGUUGGCAGAUCAGCCCCUGGAAGCAGAUGAAGAUGGGUUUGUGGCUCCACAGGACCCUCUGCGAGGGCACAUAGACCAGUUUGAAGAGCAGACCCCUGCACAACAGUCCUUCGAACCAGCAGGGCUACCCCAAGGUUUUACAGUGACUGAUACGUACCAUCAGCAGCCUCAGUUUCCACCUGUCCAACAGCUACAGGAUUCCAGCACACUUGAGUCUCAGGCCCUCUCCACAAGCUUCCACCAGCAGAGCUUGCUGCAGGCUCCCAGCUCUGAUGGGAUGAAUGUAACAACUCGCUUGAUUCAGGAGUCAUCCCAAGAGGAACUGGACCUGCAGGCGCAAGGUUCCCAGUUUCUGGAGGACAACGAGGACCAGAGCAGGCGCUCUUACAGGUGUGACUAUUGCAACAAAGGCUUUAAGAAGUCCAGCCACCUGAAGCAGCACGUGCGGUCGCACACCGGGGAAAAGCCCUACAAGUGCAAGCUCUGUGGACGUGGCUUUGUUUCCUCUGGGGUCCUCAAGUCCCACGAGAAGACACACACAGGAGUGAAGGCGUUCAGCUGCAGUGUGUGCAAUGCUUCCUUCACCACCAAUGGCAGCCUCACCCGGCACAUGGCCACACAUAUGAGCAUGAAGCCUUAUAAGUGUCCAUUUUGUGAGGAGGGUUUCCGAACUACAGUGCAUUGUAAAAAGCACAUGAAGAGACACCAAACAGUCCCCUCUGCUGUGUCAGCCACUGGAGAGACAGAAGGAGGAGACAUUUGUAUGGAGGAAGAGGAAGAACAUUCUGAGAGAAAUGCAUCACGGAAGUCUCGUCCUGAGGUCAUCACUUUCACAGAGGAGGAGACAGCCCAGUUAGCCAAGAUCCGGCCUCAGGAGAGCGCCACGGUGUCGGAGAAGGUCCUGGUGCAGUCCGCGGCAGAAAAAGACCGCAUCAGUGAACUGAGGGACAAGCAGGCGGAGCUGCAGGACGAGCCCAAGCACGCCAACUGCUGCACAUACUGCCCCAAGAGCUUCAAGAAGCCCAGCGACCUGGUGAGGCAUGUUCGAAUCCAUACUGGAGAAAAGCCAUACAAAUGUGAUGAAUGUGGAAAGAGUUUUACUGUGAAAUCCACUCUUGAUUGUCAUGUGAAGACUCACACAGGUCAGAAGCUCUUCAGCUGUCAUGUCUGCAGCAACGCCUUCUCCACAAAGGGAAGUCUGAAGGUCCACAUGCGUCUGCACACGGGAGCCAAGCCCUUCAAAUGCCCGCACUGCGAGCUGCGUUUCCGUACCUCGGGUAGAAGGAAGACACACAUGCAGUUUCAUUAUAAACCAGACCCAAAGAAGGCCAGAAAGCCUAUGACUCGAAGCUCGUCGGAAGGACUGCAGCCCGUAAACCUCCUCAACUCCUCCUCUACCGACCCUAACGUGUUUAUCAUGAACAACUCUGUUCUAACAGGACAGUUUGAUCAGAAUCUGCUGCAACCAGGACUGGUGGGCCAAGCUAUUCUCCCUGCCUCUGUGUCAGCUGGGGGUGACCUGACUGUGUCUCUGACAGAUGGGAGCCUGGCUACCCUAGAAGGCAUCCAGUUACAGUUGGCUGCUAACUUGGUUGGACCAAAUGUACAGAUUUCUGGAAUCGAUGCUGCCAGCAUUAAUAACAUUACGUUGCAGAUCGAUCCGAGCAUUCUGCAGCAGACGCUACAGCAGGGCAACCUAUUAGCUCAGCAGCUCACGGGAGAGCCUGGCCUGGCCCCACAGAACAGCUCUCUCCAGACGUCGGACAGCACAGUCCCCGCCAGUGUUGUCAUCCAGCCCAUCUCAGGCCUGUCCUUACAGCCCACAGUGACCUCUGCAAACCUGACCAUAGGCCCGCUGUCUGAGCAGGAUUCAGUGCUGACCACCAACAGCAGUGGGACCCAAGACCUCACUCAAGUGAUGACUUCGCAAGGUCUGGUGUCCCCCUCCGGCGGUCCCCACGAGAUCACCCUGACCAUUAACAACUCCAGCCUGAGCCAGGUCCUGGCACAGGCCGCUGGGCCCACUGCCACGCCUUCCUCGGGGUCUCCACAGGAAAUUACCCUGACUAUCUCCGAACUUAACACUGCAAGCGGAAGCCUUCCUUCAACAACACCGAUGUCUCCAUCAGCCAUCUCGACUCAGAACCUGGUCAUGUCCUCGUCGGGCGUGGGAGGUGACGCCAGUGUCACGCUGACGCUGGCCGAUACUCAGGGUAUGCUAUCUGGAGGCCUGGACACUGUCACACUCAACAUCACCUCUCAGGGUCAGCAGUUCCCAGCCCUCCUCACGGAUCCCUCUCUCUCGGGCCAGGGUGGAGCAGGCUCGCCGCAAGUCAUACUAGUGAGCCACACGCCACAGUCAGCGUCUGCUGCUUGUGAAGAAAUAGCCUACCAGGUAGCUGGCGUCUCUGGGAACCUGGCCCCGGGCAACCAGCCGGAAAAGGAGGGCCGGGCGCACCAGUGCCUGGAGUGUGACCGCGCCUUCUCGUCGGCGGCUGUGCUGAUGCACCACAGCAAGGAGGUGCAUGGCCGGGAGCGCAUCCAUGGCUGCCCCGUGUGCAGGAAGGCCUUCAAGCGUGCCACGCACCUCAAGGAGCACAUGCAGACACACCAGGCCGGCCCCUCUUUGAGCUCCCAGAAGCCGAGAGUGUUUAAAUGUGACACUUGUGAGAAGGCGUUUGCCAAACCAAGCCAGCUGGAGCGCCACAGCCGCAUACACACAGGGGAGCGGCCGUUCCAUUGCACGCUUUGUGAGAAAGCCUUCAACCAGAAGAGUGCGCUGCAGGUGCACAUGAAGAAGCAUACGGGGGAGCGGCCCUACAAGUGUGCCUACUGCGUCAUGGGCUUCACGCAGAAGAGCAACAUGAAGCUGCACAUGAAGCGGGCGCAUAGCUAUGCUGGAGCUCUGCAGGAGUCCGCAGGUCACCCGGAGCAGGAUGGGGAGGAGCUGAGCCGGACCCUUCACCUCGAGGAGGUGGUGCAGGAGGCCGCCGGCGAGUGGCAGACCCUCACCCACGUCUUCUGAUGUGAGUCGGAAGUGCACCUUUAAGAAUGUUUCUGAAGUUACAUUUUGUGAAGAGCAAAGCACUUGGAAUCUCUGUUUUAAAGCUUCAAGUGUUAAAAACGUUACAAUAGUUUUUUAGCUAUAAAAUUAUCUAAAGAAUCAUUGUCUUUCAGAGACUCAUAGGAAAAAAAACUGGGAAAAGUGUCACCGCGUUGUUCUCUUUUGUCUACAAAUCACUGAACUCAGGUACUAUGGUAGGCAGUUUCCUCCUCAGUCUCCUCCGUGGCUAGUGCGUCUAGUUCACGAAGCAAUUAACUGGGUCUUACUAUCAUUGUAGUGUGAUUUCUUUGUAUUAGCAAAGACAAAAUCGCUAACAUGAAAAAAGUAUGUCAGAUUUUCCUUCAUGCUUCCGGUUAUAAGAAGCAUAGCUUACAAAGCAAGCGUAAGAUUGGGGCAUGAAGUUCAGAAAAAAAAUGUUACAACACACAGGGAAGUUUUUUCCACUCUUUUCUCUGUGCAUUUUGAAAAUUAGUCAAAAUGGACUCUUUUUAGUCUACCGUAAGUUAAUAUAACUGAUACCUUGAGAGAUGGCUGGACCAAUUCUCUCUCCAUGACAAAUGUUUAAUCAUUAGUUACAAGAAUGCAGUAUCUGGGGCGUCAACACGGGGACUCGAGUAAACCUGACCCACCAAUAAGGAUUCAGCUGUCCACGCGGGCUGGCGACACACUUACCGCCUCAAUCUGUGUUCAGGUCCAGGGUUACAUAAUUGCAGAAGCACAAGCCAUACAUCGCAGGUAGGAAACCACAGAACCGUCUGCCAGGAGCAAGCAACCGUGGCCCUGUCCACCCCAGCAAGUAAGAAGCAUAUCUGUAGCUUAAGGCCAAGAAUCCGUAAAAACCCCGUGACUUUCUCUUCAUGCAUAAACAGAUGUAUUUUUGAUUUCAGGGAAUUCUUUAGUAUCGUCAAUGGUGCCACAUUAAACAUGUCCCAAACCAAAUCCCACCUGUGCUGGGCAGAGUGCGUGCACGCCAUUCCUACAGCAUUCCAAAGAUGGAAGGUUCUUUACUUCAUGUUAAUUUUUCCUUUGAAAUUAUUUAUAUGUUCUAUAUAUAAAUACAUAUGUACAUAGACAGAUAUAUGGGCCUCUGUGUGGCUGAACAGUAUAUUUUGUAAAUAUAAGUACUAGUCCUAAUUGCAGAAAGAGCGUCUGAGUUUCACCUCCCCACGAGCACUUCAGAUCAGUAUUGUAUUCAUUUUAUUAAUAAAUGGAUAUCUUUUUCAUUGUAAUAUAAAGCUGGGUUUUAUUUUUUUUCCUGAAAAAUAAUUGCCUUUAUUUUCUCUCAUUGCCUCCUUGGUUUCAGAAGAGAAUAGUUUUAUUAUAAAUAUUGUAUGGACUUUGUAUAUUAAGAGAGGGGCUCAUUUCAGAUUCCUAAAGAAAUAGACAUUUUACUGUAAUUUGGAAAGGGCAUCUUUUGAUUUUGUUGUUGUUGUUCACUUUUGGCAUAUGUAUAUAAGUAAUGGUGAUAUGAAAACUUUUGUUAUGUGAAAAUAUUUAAGUCAGAAAAUUGUUAAAUAAUAUUACUUCUUUUCCAAACUACUUUGUGUAUUGUAUAUUUUUUUAAGAAAAAGAGAAGCCUUAUUUGACUUAUUCUUGUGAUACUGGACUUCUCACCAAUCCUGAGGUUUCUUUCCUUGAACGUCAGUGUGUAAACCUGGCUGUAGUCGCAUAUUCAGAAUAACUGUAAUUGUGCUAGAGUUUUAAAGGUUCUGCUUUUAAUGCACUUUUUAUUUUAUAAUUUUGUAUUGAAAUAUUUUAGAAAUGUUGAUUAAUUUUGGUGAACAAAUAUCCCCAAAGUUGAAAUUAUUGGAAUUUUAAACUUUUGUUCUUGCUGGGUUAUUUAUUUUUAUUUUAGCAUUAAAUGUCAUCUCAGGACAUCUCUAAAAGGGGUUGUUUAAUUCCUAAUUGUAUAGAAAGCUAGUUUGGUGAAUUGUAUUGGUUAAUUGACUGUUUAAGGCCUUAACAGGUGAAUCUAGAGCCUACUUUUAUUUUGGUUAACGAAAAAGAAAAUAUCAAUAAUUCAAUUUUGUGUCUUUUCUCAAUUUAUUAGCAAACACAUUUUAUGUAUUAUUUUGAUUUACUUCCUAAUUAUAAAAGCUGCUUUUUUGCAGCACAUUCCUUGAAAAUACAAGGUUUUGAAAAGACAUAAUUUUACUUGAACCUUUGUGGGGUACAGGUUGAUCUUUAUAUUUUACUGGUUGUUUUAAAAAUUCUAGAAAAGAGAUUUCUAGCCUCAUGUAUAACCAGGGUUUUGAGGAUAAAGAACUGUAUUUUUAGAACUAUCUCAUCAUAGCAUAUCUGCUUUGGAAUAACUAUAAAUAAAAGAUGAAGUUAGGAAA